AUGGCGAUGCCACGGACGGAGCACACGCUGGUCCCUGAAGCAAAAAUGGGCCAAGUCCCCGUUGGCCCUGCACGGAGAGUGUGGCAGCAACCCCGCUGGGAUCCAGGGGGACGGUGCCUGGGGGGGUGCAGCGAGGAGUCCCACCAGUGCCCUGUUUCCCAUCCCAGUUCGGGACGGGGUGCUGCCAGGCGGACAGGGCUGGGCUCACCAGCAAAUCUCCACUGGCCCGGGGCCGCGUUUCCCUCCCUGUGGGCUCUGGCUGGUCACGGGGGAACCGAGUUCACCCCAAACCACAAUUGCCGCCUGUGCUGGCGGCUCCCGGCCCCAGCGGAUGUGCUGGAAAUAGCCCUGACGGGGCCGCUGGGCCCCUCCUUGACUGUCGCGGUGGUCACGGCGCCCUAUAAAGCCGGUCGGGGACCAGGGGCUGCACCGAGCCCAGCGCCCGCGCAGAGAGGCACCAUGAAGCCCCUCGUCUUGCUGACCCUCCUGGCCCUCCUCACCCUCGGCCUCUGCCGCAGAGCCGCCGACCGCUCCAGCAGCGCCGACGACUCGCCCAGCUCCGAAGCCUUCGUCUCCAAACGCGCCAGCGCCGAGGUCGUGCGGAGACACAAGAGGAAUUACGUCUAUGACAGCAGUGCCUACGGUGUCGUGCGGGACCCGCUGGAGGCCAAGCGCGAGGUUUGCGAGGUCAACCCCGACUGCGACGAGCUGGCCGACCACAUCGGCUUCCAGGAGGCGUACCGGCGCUUCUACGGCACCGUGUAGCCCCCGCCGCCCCCCGCCCGGGCCGUGGGUCUGACCUCCGACCACCGCCGCUACCACCGCUUCCACCCCC